CGAUACGUGCUUCAAUGCCGGAACUACAAUUCCAUAGAACCACUGCUUCAAAGACGUCCGAAGCAGCAACUGCUUUAUUGCCUGAAUUAUCCAGCUGACUGUUUCACGGUCCAACCAGGCAAUAAGCUGCUCCGCCAAUGCGCAACGAUGGAGCUAUCGCAACGAUGGAGAUGACGCAAACAGACUCAGCUCUCCAAAAAAGUGUUUCAAGACGAACAUGGCGGCAACUUAACCGCGGUUCAAGAUGACAACGGGCAACGGGAGAACGGAUUCCAGGCUUUCCGCCCAGGUACAGGACAGAGACAGAGACAGCAGCCUGCGUGCAUCGACGGGGCUCGUCGCUCUCCGUUAAGUGAAUCUGCACACCGAGCGGCAGGCAGACGCGCAGCAUCAGAAGCCUACAGAGAGGCUCGCAACAGCUGGUCUCCCUGCACCCCCCGACGAGAGCGCAAACCCGGGGAGGGACGGUUGGGAGAGGUGGACAUGCGGUCAAAGAGGACGCCGUUUCCCCGCGGAGAGCCAUGGAGAAGCGGGAUGCGGUAGCGCGAAGCGUAAUCUGUGCGGGCGCGCUAAUUGGAUCGGAAUAGCACCAAUUGCUGCGGGCGCGUUUGAGGAGCGCCCUGGACCGGCGGAGGCACGGCACCCCACCGUUACAGAGGAGAACCCACCGGACUCCAUCUCCCCCUAAAUCAAUGAGUAUUGUGGCAAAGCAGCCCCCGCGGUGGAGUCGGCCAGGGCAGCACUUUUCUAAAAUAUGACCAGGGGUGCUUGGAUGCGUCGGCAGCAUGAUGAAGGCUCAAAAUACUGGUUUGCACCCCGAGAUAACGAGAAGCCGUUUACCGAGUCGGAGCGGGCCCAGAGAUGGCGACUGUCGCUGGCCUCUUUGCUCUUCAUCACCGUCCUGCUCUCGGAUCACUUGUGGUUCUGCGCCGAGGCGAAACUGACGCGAACCCGAGACAAGCGGUCGUACGAGGGGCUUGCAAUUACGGACACGGGCGAGUAUCCAAACUCUCAACACCAUCAUAUCCCAACAUCACCUGACCUCCACCUCCUCACCAGAGAGCAAGAUGUUAUUUUUCUAGGGAAUUCUACCAAAUCUCUGCGGCGAAUGGACGCCUGUCACCCUGACAGCCUGUCCAAAGACUGCUUUACUUUCACGGACGCGGAUACCGUGUGCCUGGGCCUCUCCGGUGGAGGGGGAAAGGGGGCACAGUUGGCGUACGUGAAUCUGAGCGAUUUGUACCUUUCUUUUUGUAAUUCCUACUCACUUUUGGAUUUGUUUUACGGGUUUACCAGUCCGGUUGAUAUGAAUUGCACCCUGGAUAUGGCCAUGGGAGAGGAUCUGCUGGGAUGCAGCAAGUGUGUCCGGGCUUACCAGCGUCUUGACCUGAAGGCGGAGGAGAACUACCGGGAGUUUGAACUGCUGGUUCAGAAAUACGAGACGGAUGUGUACUCUGUCAGGACGUGCAUGGAGGAAUGCAAGAUGGUUUAUAAGCCCUGGCUGUGUUCUCAGUACUUCCAGACCACCCAAAUGCACUGCAGCAAGCGAAUCCCCUGCAGUCAGUACUGCCUGGAGGUGCAGCAGCGGUGCCCCUUCGUCCUGCCUGACAAUGAUGAUCUCAUUCAUGGAGGCAGCCCCAGUUUUAUAUGCACAGGGCUACUAGAGGACCACCCAUCAGGUGUCGACCCAGAAGCAGAGUGCUGUGAUGUGCGGUGGGACGUGAAAGUGGACAACCGAUCCUGGGGAACCCUGAAAAGAACUCACCCACCGUGCCAGCACCGAACCUCCCUCAGCUCCUCGGCAGCCUGCAGACUGUGUAACAGCCGGCUCAAACUCUGCCUGCUGGUUCUUGUUCUUCUACACACUGUUGCCAGCCUCACUGCAUCCCAUAAUGCAACAGGACUGGGCCUCCCUGCCAUCACACCUCUGGAGGAGAGCCCUGCCAAUGAGGAGUGAUGGAGCUGCCAGGAGGAGGUGAGGGUGUUAGGGUUGGGAUUUCUCUCACCAUGGCAACCGACGGAUGUGGAAAAAUACAGCCACAGGAGCUAUGAGCCUGUGGACAUUCUGCAAGGCUUUCUGGCAAAUGGAAAAUGUGGGACGUAAGACACACGAAUCAAUCAAAACAAAUAAAUAAUAAAACAAACAAACAUGCUAAGGGACUUGAACCAGUCCCUUCGCUAGGAAAAAGGGGACAAUGCCACAGCCUUUGUUGAGUGGGAAGGUCAGCUUCCUCACGGCUGAGUUUCUCUCACUACGCUUUUUUACACUGUGUUCCAAUUAUUGGUUUCUGUUGCACUGGCUGACUAUGGAAUAUCACAAUCAUAUUCUCUUUCUAAUGUUCAUCCUUUGUGUUUGUUUCCGAGUCUCUCAUACAGGAAGAAAAUGUGUUCUCUGAAUAAAACAGAUAAUGUGUAAAAAAAAAAACAAAAGAAAAGGAAAAAAAAAAGAAAAGAAUUAGCUGCAAGUGUGUGUGGACCGAAUGUGUUGUGUUUCUUGAGUGUGUGCGAGCAUAUGUGGGCGGGUGUGUGCUUGUGUGCCUGUCUUUAGUGUGUGUGAAGAAAUGAAUGUGUGUUGCUUUGACAAGAACCCUUAAGUCUAUGUGACAGACUGGUGCAGCAAUGAACUCUGUAUGGACCCUCCUCCUUUCGUCACUUAGCUCUGCCAUGCUGGUUUUGUUGGACACCUGGUUUUUGAAUGCGGUUCUGGUGUAAUAACAAAGCAGGUUUACAGUUUUCCCUCAAUUUGUUUUGUGAGAUAAUAUUCACUCAAUAACACUACUUUGUUUCUGAUAGGGAUCAAACUAUAUCUGUUAUUAGCAUCAGUAGCACCUGGCUAGACUGUGAAAACAUCAGGAAACAAACAGGAUUUCUUCCUCUAAUGUCACCAGCACUCAAAAUCUCAAAGGAUAACCCUCUAUUUUUUAUUGCUUUCUGAGAAGGAAGCCUGAUAUGAUCAGUCAAUUCAAAUAAACCCUAGGUUAACCAGACCAGGUUGGGUGUAUAAACACAAUGAAGGUUUAUAAGUGACAUUUAGGGUGCAUUCACUUUUCUUAUGCUGCAUGACAUAUUAUAAAUAACUGAAUCAAAAGCUUAUUCAUAAUAUAAAGUACAAUUAUCCCGUUAGACUCCAUUAUAGCCAGUGCUGACAUGUUUCCAGAUCUCAGCCUUUUAUUCUGCUAGACAUAUAUUUUUUUAUUAGAAUCAAUGACAAAACAAAAUAAAACAGGGCUUAGCCAUAUGAUCAAACAAAAUUGUACCUCACAAACUGACAGUUAAUGUUCAAAACUGAAAAAUAUACUGUCGCCAUUUGGAUUCUGAGCACAUGAUGUUCAUGGAUUGGAGUUGGCUAAAAUGAAGCAUUACAAUUAGGACUCAUCAAGUUGCAUCACAAGUGCUGUUUUGAUUCAAGACGAACAAAAGACAAGGCAGAGACAUUUUUUUUUGCCACUUGUUGAACUUUAAAAGCACACAGGGAAGAAUAUUUAUCUCACACAACAAAACAUGACGCUGUCUUAAGCUUGUCUUAACCAAAGAUGUUAUUUCAGGCAUUUUAACCAAAAUUUCAUUCAGAUUCUGGUCACUAUUCAGCCACACGCAUGAGCAAAGUUAACUGGCAUUUGGGUUUCAGCACUGGAUUUUAAACUGAAUUGAUCCCAGCUUUUGUUGUUCUGUAUUUUAAAGGCACUAUCCAGUCAAAAUAAUGCCCGAAGCAUACAGCAACAUAUGCAAUAAGAUCUAAAGUCCAUCACCACUACUUCAAAACAAACAACAACAACAAAAUCAAUUAGCUGUUUUCUCCUGAACCAAAAGUAUAACCUCAGGUCAGUUAUGGGCAAAACCUGCUGCCUGGAUGUUACCUUUGAAGUCAUUUUCUAAUUGGUAAACUGUGAUUCCAGUGCUGUUAUGAUCAACAUAGAAAUGUCAAUAUGUUCCCUAUAGACAGGUAGCAUGCUACCUGCAGUAGCAUAGCGGAAAAUACCUGGACCCACUAAUAGGUGAGUCAAACAAAAGGUAGAGAGUGACAUUCAACAUCUCAUCAAUGAAAAUCAUGUUCUGUUCUGUUCUGUUCUUUUUUCUUUGAAUCAGGACCUGUGACUGAUUAUCAUGAAGUGCAUGUGGAGGCAUGAUUACCCUCAGAGCCUCCCCCUGCACCACACCUGAUCCCAAAUCAGCUCUUUGUAGCAUGCCCACUCUCUUGUACUUUCCUCCUCAAAACAUCCAACAAAAUUAUCAUUAAGUAAAGGGCUUAUGAAGACAAACAGUACAUUAUCAUCCACAUAGUCAGACACACUCUAAAUGCUCUGGAUUGUAAACAGACAUAUGGUAAAAAAAAAAAACAUGGCUCAUAUUCUGUUAUAUAUAUAUAUAUAUAUAUAUAUAUAUAUGUAUAUAUAUAUAUAUAUAUAUAUAUAGUUUACAUUCCAUUGGCUGUUACCAGAGAGCACGAACAGAAGCAUAUACACGGAGGGUUUGUUCGAGUGAUCACCAAUGGCCAAACCUGAUAAUCAUCUGGUCAGCUGAUUCUUAUGUUAAGCUUGUAAAUGUUGACCAGCGUGUGGACAGUGAGAAAUGGCGUGACUUAAAGGGCUUUAGUUUCUAGUUUUUGAUUUUGUGUCUCUUUGAUGAACAAGGCUGUGAGAUCAGGUAUUUAAGAAGAGAAACCAGAUAAACUAAACGAGAUGUCCAAUUCCAUAUCUGAUGUCAAGAAUUUUAGCAUACAGCUACUUAUACUGAGGAUAUAAAUUCAUCAUGACUCGUACUCUUUCUGUUGGAACAAGUAUACUGGCUUUUUUCUGACACGCCGUCAUGUUCAGCUCCUGCUCAGAUGAAAUACCCAACGACUCGUUGUCAUUCAGCACAGCACACCCAUGCCCAUCUUGGAUUGCUGCUAUAUUAUUGGCCACCAGUAGAUGGAGAUAUUUUAUUGUUUUUACAUUGUUACCGCUGCUGAAGACCUGUCACACAAUGACUGUCCGAUACAAAAGAAUCAGGAAAAGCUGGGCUGGAAAGUGGAUGUGUGUGUGUGUGUGUGUGUGUGUGUGCGUGCGCGUGUGUGUGUCACUAAUUACCAUGUCUUCUCUGGAGAGCUCAUUAGUUUUGCCAUGACCUUGGUGCCUACAGGACAGGUGUGGCAAACCUCCACUUGUCUCCAGGGAUCGGCUACAAUGGUCCCAUUAUUCACUGCAGUACUGAAGCUGCAGUACAAUAUGAAUUAAAUGUGUCACGGCCCCAGGACGCAAAGCAGAUUAGAAGUAAAUGUGUUUGAAAUAAUUGACCAAAUCCUUGUCUCCAAUGAGAUAAAAGAGGUCAGAAGCAGAGUGAAACAAGUCGACAAUGAUGUGAAACUGGUGCCAAAGCAUACAUGUAUGUAUGUAUGUAUAUGUGUAUGAGGAAAGUAAACUUUAUUCAUACCUGAUGUGACACGUUGCUUUUGGAUGGGUCUUUCAUAGAAAUGUGCCACGUUAUCAUCACCACGGGGCGCAUGUGAAGGGGUCUCAUACAUGUGAUUUCAUCCUGACGAUCAUGUCUGCGGCCAUGCUGUGAUGUAACAACCACCAAACCAACCUGCUGCUGGACAUGAAUUUAUUGACCCGCAGUCAUGUAGAGGCCAUAUCUGCUUUACAUGCAGCAGUGCGGCCUUAGUGUGGUUGCACGGGUCCAAAAAUGUGGUGUGCGAUGGACAUGUUUGUGUGCAAGACCUUUUCCAAACAAUAUUAUAAUCAGAUUUGACUUUUAAUGGUAAUGUGCACAGCCUUUACCAGUCUAGAUCGCAGGUAACAUAGCAACCUAUAAGAACUUUUUGUUUUACCCCUGCACAUAUAGACUGUGUUUGCCUCUUGCCCCGACCUCUUGUGCACCCAUCACUAAACGGCAUGUACACAAAUAUUUCCUUUUUUCACCCCGUCUCAGCCUCUCUGUUUUCACAGUAGUUUUGUUCUCUAUCCUGUGGAUCUAUGCAGAAGCCCAUUCCUGUUUUGGUUGUAAAUAUUUUCACUAGUAUGCUGAACUAUGUAUGUCUCUUCGUCAAGGUUUUCUCUUGUGUAUUUUUCAGUUGAUGUCAUGCAGUUACUUUCCUCUUCUUCUUCUCUAAUUCUUUUUUUGUAUUUCGAGUGUCUGAAAUCAUUGAUGUUAAAAGAGAAUGUGAGAAUUAACCAAUAGACUUAUCCUUAUAGCUUCACAACCUUAUUGUGAAAGGUUGUGAUUCUGUGUGUGUGUGUGUGUGUGCGCGUGGGUGCGUGUGUGCGCGUGUGCAUGUGUGUAAAAGCGAAGGAUUUAUGAUUAUAAUAAUGAAAAAGGUUCAAAGGCAUAUAGAAGUAUCAUUGCGAUUAUGAUUAUUAUGAUUACUAUUAUACUACCAGUAUAUUGUAAUAUUAUAGAAGCUUUAGUUCAAGUAACUUCUUUAAUUUUUUUACAAACAACUUUGAUGAAAUGAUUUAUAAAGCAGUCUCACGAGUCAUGAUCUUUUCGAGUAUGAAAACUACUGCUACAAUGAUUACAAUUGUGUUCUGAUGAAAAUAAAUACAGACAUAUAA